AUGUUGGGGCACGCGAUCCCGGCGGCCCGUGGCGCGGAAUUCAUGGCCGCCUCCGCCUCCUCCCUCCGGGGCCCCGCCGCACCUAGCACCUUGUUCUUCUUCCUCCUCUCGUACCACCAUCAUCGACACCACCUCGCCAAGCCAAGCAGCGCGCAAAACCUCUCCCAUCCGAUCCUCUCUUCUGUGUGUCUCCUCGAUCGCACGAGUGCGUGCAUGGAUCAGCGGCCACCGGAGCGCAAGGCGAAGCGCGCGAGGGAGGAGGAAGAGGAGGUCCACGCCGCACCGCCGCCGGACUUCCCCUUCGAGGAGGCGGCCGCGGCGGGGGCGCUGGGCUUGGGCGACGUCGUCGUCGUCGGGGAGGCGUCGCAUCAGCGGCCGCCGCCGGGGGUGUUCCAGCUCCCCUGGCAGAAGUGCCGCGGCGGGCUGGGCGUGGCGACGUCCGCCCCGGGGGAGCUGCGCGACGUCUUCUUCCGCUCCCUCGUCGACGGGGGCGCCGCGUCCAUCGGCGUGCCGGGGGACCGGCUGGUGUCGCCGCCGCCCAGCAGGCGCGCGCUCCUCGACGGCGUCGACGCGUGGCUCGCCGCGGCCGCCGACGGCGAGGUGGACCCGGUCUGGCGCUCCGCGCUCAUGCAUGGGCAUGGCCCGCGGCGGGUCGGCGUCGGCGAGGAUGGACAUGGACGGACGUGGGCCCGCCCCGCGCAUGCUUCGCGGGUGAGCCCCGCGUGGCAUUGAGUGCGCCGCGGCGCCCCUCCAUCAUCAGCCGCGUGACGCUGACGUGGCUCCAGGCAGCGCUGUAGGGGGACCGCCGUGGGUGCUGAUAUCAUCAUGAUCAGGAUGGAGUAGUAGGCAGAAGGACCAAGGAAAUGUUGUAGUUGUAGAGAACCAUGGCCAUUGGGGGAUCCUUGUCUUUUUUAAUGCCCUUUCUGUUCAUUGCUCUAUUUUAUCUGUACAGUUAUCAUUAGGCAUUCUGGCAAAACAGACUACUAUACUGUUUGCGAAAUCAUUCCGAUCUACGUUUCUCGUA